GACGCAUGUCAGUUAGCGGUCUUCCUGUUCGCUCGUGGCUAGAGGACGUUGGUGUCACAGAGGAGAGGGGCUCUUCAGGUACUUCUGUUUUCAUUUAAGUAAUAAAAGAAGUCACAGAAACAAAAUGUUCUCCCGCGCCGUCAGACCUACCGUCAGCCUCGCCCGGAGCCUGUCCACCUCGACGCAGAACAACGCCAAGGUGGCCGUGCUAGGAGCGUCAGGCGGCAUAGGCCAGCCGCUGUCUCUGCUCCUGAAGAACAGCCCCCUGGUGAGUCAACUCUCCCUGUACGAUAUCGCUCACACCCCCGGAGUGGCUGCGGACCUCAGCCACAUCGAGACAAGGGCCCAUGUAACCGGCCAUAUGGGUCCCGACCAGCUGGAUGCUGCUCUGAAGGGCUGCGACGUCGUGGUGAUUCCCGCCGGCGUGCCAAGGAAACCAGGCAUGACUCGUGAUGACCUUUUCAACACCAACGCCACCAUUGUAGCCACCUUGGCCGAUGCCUGCGCCCGCAACUGCCCCGAGGCCAUGAUCUGCAUCAUUGCCAACCCUGUCAACUCCACCGUCCCUAUCACAUCAGAGGUCAUGAAGAAGCAUGGAGUGUACAACCCCAACAGAGUGUUUGGUGUCACAACUCUGGACAUUGUCAGAGCAAACGCCUUCGUUGCAGAGCUGAAAGGCCUUGACCCAGCCCGUGUUAGUGUCCCAGUCAUUGGAGGUCACGCAGGCAAGACCAUCAUCCCCCUCAUUUCCCAGUGCACACCAAAGGUGGAGUUCCCUGCUGACCAGCUGUCCGCCCUGACUGGCAGGAUCCAGGAGGCUGGCACAGAGGUGGUGAAGGCCAAGGCUGGAGCUGGUUCGGCUACCCUCUCCAUGGCCUACGCUGGGGCCCGCUUCACCUUCUCCGUCCUGGACGCCAUGAAUGGAAAGGAAGGUGUGGUGGAGUGUGCCUAUGUCAGGUCCGAGGAGACGGAGUGCAAGUACUUCUCUACACCUAUCCUCCUGGGGAAGGGCGGCAUAGAGAAGAACCUCGGGCUGGGCAAGCUGACUGCCUUUGAGGAGAAGCUGGUGGCUGAUUCCAUGGAUGAGCUUAAGGCUUCCAUCAAGAAGGGCGAGGAUUUUGUGGCUAAAAUGAAGUGAACUGGGGGCACUGAUUUAGUUGAAAACAAACCGCUGUGAUUGAUAUUUUGUUGCGUCUUAACUUAAAAGGCAUCUGGGUGAAUCUGAACAUCUGUCACAGUGUUUCCUCUUACAUCUCUGUUAAAGCAGUAGGGUCGGCUGAUCCAGAAAUCAUGGUUUUAACCGUGAUCAUCUUUCCUGUGUAUCAUUUCCCUUACUUUUUAAACAUGGCUUUACCCUUGCACUUAUGAUUUGUGUACAUACUGUACUGUGACUUGACUAUUUUGCAAAUGUCAAACUGAAACAAUAUCUCAAUAUAUUUUCAUGUACAGUCUUCAGUAGUGGAAGUCUCUCUGCUGAAUGAAUGAGGGGAAAUACUGUCAUCUUACCUGUUGAUGCACAUAGAUGUUACUGAUGAGCAAAAGUACCUACUCCACCAAUAAACAAGUUUAGCUUUAA